AUGACUUUCCUUCCAAAGUGGUUAGCUUUUCUAAAAGGCAAAGAGGUUGUUAUUGCUAACGCUAUAAUUGCAAUGGUAACAAUUGGUGGGCAGCAGCUUUUCUCUUUUUUUACAUUCAGCUGUCCCUGUCAUGUUGGGCAGAACCUUAUCUAUGGGCUGGCUUUCCUUGGAGUUCCUGCACUUAUCCUUCUGAUAGUUGGCUAUGCGCUGAAUAACCAGACUUGGAGGCUGGUUACAGGCAAAAGGUCUCUUGAGGGACAGGCUGCACCAAGCCAACCACUGCAAUGCAAACUGGUCUGUUUUGUCUUAUGCAGCAUCACUGGAAGAGCACUGGUUGCUCCAGUAACCUGGCUGGCAGUCACCCUGAUAAAUGGUUCCUAUUAUGUGUGUGCUGUGAGUGAGUAUGUCCCUGUGCAUUAUUAUGAAGCUAAUCCUAAUAUUACUGCCAGUGAACAUAGAAGGAUACUGGCUGUGUUUCCAUGCAGUCAGUUAGUUCCUCCAGAGCUGACCCGGGCAAGAGAUGAAGUUGUUCUCCUACUCCGAUACCAGUCACAAGUGGCUGGCUGGCUCCUGAUUGCUGUGGUAGUCAUCACUGUCUUCCUGUCUUACUGUCUGGCAAGCUGCUUCUCCCCACUCAGCUUUCUACAUUUCAAAUACUGGAGCAGCUAUGUCCACAAUGAGCAGGAGCUCUUUGAUGAAGCAACAGACCAGCACUCCAGGCUCUAUGCCAUGCAGCAUGUAAGGAAGUUCUUUGGCUUUGCCCCAGGGAGUGAAAAUGUAAAGGAAAUCCGUAUCCCAUCUCUCAAGGAGUGGCAAGCCAUUUCUGGACUGGCCUUUCUGAAACGAGUGGAUGCAGAGCACUAUGACUACAGUCUCCUCCACGACUGGGCACUCAAGGGGUCUGCAAAUGGGAAAUACUUGAAGACUGAUGAAGACACUGUAAUCAGAACACAGGUCUGA